AUGCCCCGUAUAGUUAUGGAAGAAACUAAAAACAAAGCCGACUUACACCAACCAAAAGCAAAGAAUCGACCGCAAGGACAGCAGUUAGUAGCUCUCCUGCGUGACAAGCUGGAUUUAACAGACUACGACUUAUACUCUAACGCCCCAAAAGAUAUCACGUCCCGUUCAAACAGUGCACCACCACCGCAAAUUCAUACUGUUAAUCGAUUCGAUCACGCAGAUUAUGAGCCUUCUUUAUCAUCCGAUCCUCGUUUGGAUCCUGAAUACGCUGCCUACUACUACAUGAAUCGUAUGGAGCAUCGUCCGCCCACAAGCCCAUAUGCACCGGGACAGUCUUGGCAAACACCGUUAUGGUCCGGUGAUUUGGCAAUAGGCCCUGGACAGGGGCAGGUGCAAGGGAAGGUCAGUGGAGGACCGAGUGCAGUUAGCCCUGUUGCAUCAGCGACGGCAGUAGGCAGCACGAGUGGAUCUAAUGUUGGGCCUAAUAUGUCGAAGAAGUUGGAAUUGUUCCGGGGGUUGGAGGGCGACGACGAUUUCCAAGAACAUCACCCCUUGGACCAAAGUCUUGAACCCGAGAACCAUUCAACUAUCAACCAGCCCGACUAUACAACGGAGUCUGCUGGACAGUUCGAUGCUUUCAAUCCUCAAAGCACGAGCAGCGCUGCGUCGCUUUGGAGUCGUGAAGUUGCAUCUCCUCCGCCCCCAGGGAAUGAUCCACAUUCACCCAACAAGCGCAAGAAUUUAGUAGACAUGAUCCAAGAAGACUUUCCUCGUACACCAUCUCCGCUCUAUGCUCUACAACAAGCCCAAGCUGCUCGCCAACGCCAAGCACAACUACAAUCGCACGCAGAUGAUGCAGACCAUCUUGAUCUUCAGUCCCUUGAUUUAGAUGAUACACUCUCAUAUUCUGCACACUAUGGCAAUUCCCGCGGCUCUGAGGAAGAGCAACUUAAAACUAUUGUUAAGAAUGCUCUCGACGGUGUCGAUGACAUGGAUCCUCGCAUGCCGGGUGCGUUUGCCACACCGCCUCCAUUAAGAAGCAAAUUCGAAACUCCCCCCCGAGCCUCUUCUACUCCACCUACUCAGAGUCAUAUUAGGAACCAUAGUUUGGGAUUUGCUCCAGAGUUCCACGGUGAUCUGUCACAUGCAGAUUUGGCGUAUUGGAGAAAUUUAGAAACAGAUGAUUAUGAGCAGGCACAAUUUCUCCGUCAGCAGACUUUAAAACAACACAGACUGAAAAUGUCAUCGCAUCCAUCUUAUAACGCACUUUUUAAUGAGGGAGCUAGCGCGGCCAAUUAUUCUCCGUAUGGUCUAAAUGACAACUAUCCGUCGGUCUGGGAUGCCCGCGAAGAUACUGCUCUGGGCCGCAAUAUUUUCGGCACAGACUUGCCAUACAAUCGACAAAACUCUCUUGGCCUUAAUCCUGCUCGCAACAACUACGAAUAUUCCAAAUUUCAACAAGCACAGUUUGGCAUGGGUCGUGAUUCUAUACUCUCUUCGUCAGAGUAUGCGACAGCCAAAACCGGUCAAUACUAUGGUACCGGCACUUUGGCUAAUGCGGGAUUGGGCCCAGUCGGCAAUCUGCCCAGUCCGUUAGGGCCUCAAUCUAGAGCUAGCAACUAUGCAGAAAAGUCUUUGCAAUUGCAAUCGCAAAGAUUGUUUUUACAACAACAGCAGUUGAAACAACAGCAGCAAAUGUUAUAUGCUAAAGAACAGUUGUUGAGACAUCACCAUUCCGCAGAGUAUUUAAACGGGAUCUCUGGAUUUGGCGGAAUAUCAAACAAUAGAAGAAGCCAGGACUUGAGUUCUAGUUUGUCCGAUCCGGGACAUUGCAUGCGAAGUGCAUUGUUGGAAGAGUUUAGAAACAACAAGAAUAAAAAGUAUGAAUUAAAGGAUAUUGCAAGAAAUAUAGUUGAAUUCAGUGGUGACCAACACGGUUCUCGGUUUAUUCAACAGAAACUAGAGACGGCCAAUAGUGAAGAAAAGCAACUUGUUUUUGACGAGAUUCUUCCUAAUGCGUUACAAUUAAUGACCGAUGUGUUCGGCAACUAUGUUAUUCAGAAAUUCUUUGAACAUGGAAGCCAAGUACAGAAGACCGUCUUGGCCAAGCAAAUGGAAGGACAUGUUCUGUCUCUUGCGUUGCAAAUGUAUGGUUGUCGGGUAGUUCAAAAGGCUCUCGAACACGUUCUCACGGAACAGCAAGCGGCGCUUGUUAAAGAACUGGAUGGUAAUGUGUUAAAGUGCGUCAAGGAUCAAAACGGCAACCACGUUAUACAGAAAGCUAUAGAGCGUGUCCCUGCUGAACACAUUCAGUUCAUUAUUAAUGCUUUUCAUGGACAAGUAUUCAAUUUGGCGACACAUCCUUAUGGUUGUCGUGUUAUUCAACGGAUGUUUGAGCAUUGUACUGACGAGCAAACGAAACCUUUGCUGGAGGAACUCCAUCGCUUCACUCACAAUCUCGUCCAAGAUCAAUAUGGUAAUUACGUAAUUCAACAUGUGCUCGAGAGAGGCAAACCAGCAGACAAAUCGCUUGUUGUGAGCAAAGUUCGCGGAAACGUCUUGCAAAUGUCUAAGCACAAGUUUGCGAGUAACGUAGUUGAGAAAUGCGUAGCUUACGGUAGCAAGAGAGAUCGACAGCUAUUAAUCGAGGAAGUUAUUACGACCAAGCCCGAUGGCAAUUCACCGUUGAUAUCAAUGAUGAAAGAUCAAUACGCAAACUACGUCGUGCAGAAAAUGCUCGAUGUUGUAGAUGGAGAGCAGCGUGAUCUUUUAGUCGCUAAGAUUAAGCCACACUUACAAUCAUUGAAGAAAUACACUUACGGCAAGCAUCUGAUAUCAAAGGUCGAAAAACUGAUGAUCUUGACCGAAAACCAAAGGACUCAACAAGCGCUCCCUACAAUGACAUCUCAGUCGCUUACCUCAUCGCUUGAAGUGACUAGCUCGCUGCCCCCCACUAAUCCUAGUACGCCACUUGGAACAGGACAUAAUACUCCUUCUGCUUCUUCACCUUCUAUUGAACCUGAAAGUGUAGCUGCUGCAUCUGCAAUGACUACAGCAGUGUCUAAUAUGCCACCAUUGUCUAGUGGGGCUGUUACGGAAAGGAUCGAGUAG